CUUUAAGGGGACCCGGAAGUGAUUGUUAAACCGGAAGUACGGACUUCCCAAUGUGACUUACCUUGACAAUCCUGUGAUGUUUUAAUGCUGUCAGUGUAGUAGUUUAAAGCCGACAAAAUGUUUCUUACAACAGCAAAUUUGGCCAAGGCAAAAUCAAAGACCAUCUUGGUGCAGAUGAUGAGCGCUGCAGGGACAGGCUACUUCUUCAACACAAAGAGGAGCCGUAUCAAAGACAAAAUGGUGAUUCGCAAACAUGAUCCCUUAGUGAACAAGCACGUCCUAUUCUUCGAGAAGAGGAAGAUAAAAUCGAUUUAAUGAGGGGUCAAAUAAACGGACACGAUUUAACCUGACUUUUUUAUUGUCAUGGAUUAUACAACGUUACGCCAGUCCACAUUUCUGUUCUGCUGGAUCUCGUGUAAACACAGGAUUUGUUAUGGGAUCUGUCAUAAGGCCUCCACCCCCCUACUGCACUGGUGACGCGGCCCGGCUGAAAAUCUUCAAGUACGAACUACAACUUGUGUGUAAAAGUGAUGUCAUUAAUCUGGGCUACACAGUAUCAUUGAAAACAGUAUAACAUAUUUAGCAAUUUUACGUGCAAUCCAAGUACCUGAAUCAAACCGUUCGUUAAAUAUGAUCUAUUUGGACAAAUUGAUUACAUUAUGUCAACUAUGUGUAGAAGAAGCUAUGUGUUAAGAUGUUUAUCAAUUAUUAAACUGUUUAAAACUA